CUUCUGCUGAAAUCUUCGUCUCUAAUUCACAUUUUCAGCCAGGUACCUUGAUUAGAACUCACUUCUCUUCUUUUUCUUCCCCCAUAAUUUGCUAUGUGUUUGAUGGUCCAAGGGCUUACCCUUUUGCUUGUUCUUCCUUCUCAUUUUUUUGUUCUAAAAUGCUGUUUAAUUAUUUCUCGCCAUUUGUGUUUGGCACCUUUUUAUAGAAAUUUGCAGAUUCUGAGAAAUAUUUGGGGUCUGCUUGCUUAGUUAUAUUUAAAUCCAUAAUGAAUAGGGAAUUUAAUUAUUGAUUUUUCAAAAUUAAUUUAGAAAAUGUUUCUGUGUUUGGUUUUUUGAUCACUGACACCAAUAGGUCUCCUUGGUGGUUGGAUGGGAAAAAUUCUAUUUCCAAUAAUUUCAUUGGAAUUGUGAUGAUGGUGGAACUUGUUACCGAUUGAAUUCAAAGAGAUGUAGAGAGUUAGUGUUGCUGUUCAUUCAAUUUGGAAUCAAGAGUGUUCAAAAAUUAUACUCGUUUAUCCUUACGAUGCUUGUUUGUCUCAUAUUAAGGAGAAAAUGGAUAGUCUGGAUUUUAAUUAGUAAGAAGUGGUUUGCAGUCUAGCCAUAUUCUCAGUUGGGUUAUUCUUGUGAUAUGUAUGUUUCAUCAAGCUGAUCAUAUAGUACACUUACUAUUUUGGUUAUGUAUUUUAUGUCAGCCAUUUUCUUGAUGGAUACUCCCCAAUGGUGAUCUUAUAUUAGUCUAAUUUUACGAGUGGACAUGGCUGCAAAAUCCUCCUCAUUUGCUCCAACAUGGAGCACUUUGAGGGGCUUCACAUAUGCUCUGAGAUCAGCAUCUUGUGAAUGGCUUCUUAUUUUCUUGUUGCUUCUGGAUGCGGUGUUUGCAUAUCUCCUCACUAGAUUUUCACGUUAUUGUCAACUACAAGUACCGUGCGUCUUUUGUUCACGGCUAGAUCACAUAUUAGGCAAUGAAAACCCUGGGUUUUACCGGGAUCUCAUUUGCACAUCCCACAAGGCUGAAAUGUCGUGCUUGAUUUUCUGCCACAACCAUGGUAAACUUGCUGAUGGUAGUGCUAUGUGUGACAAUUGCCUAUUGUCAUACUCAAUGAUGUUUAAAGAAAAAUCAGAGAUGCAAAGGAUUGUGGUGGGUAAACUCGGGGUUGAUCUUGGCUCCAAUGGUACGCCUAACUUGUUCACAAACAAGGAUCUCCUUCCUGGUUCCGUGGCUACCAAGUUAUGUUCGUGUUGCCAUAAGCCUUGGAGGUCAAGGCAGAGAGCAGACAAAAUCAUCAGACUAAAAUCACCUACAAGUGCUGCCAUCUCCAAGUCUAACAUUCCUUUGCCUCACCGUUUGACACAACAAGAGAGCUUGAGGAAGAUAAGAGACAAGUUCUCUGGGUCUUUAACUCCUUGUCGACUCGGAAAUAUCGGAUUUGAUUCUUUAUCUCAUGUGGGUUACACAGAGCUCAAGUUCAAUUCUGACUCUGAGUCUGAAUUCCAGUACUCUGAUGAUGAUGAAUAUAAUAAUUAUGGUCAUCAAGGGGAUGAGCCUCCCAAGGAAGGAAAACAACCUACAACUCUUAUUGCUUUUGAUAAAGCUGCGGACAAUGAGAUGGAUCAGCAAUCAUGGAAACAAGGAAUGCAACCUUAUGUUAAAGAUCAAGGCAAGAGAGAAGCAAUAAAAAGUGAAAACCCUGCAAUUUCAGAGCUAAAUUUACAUGAGGGUCUUCAUCCAUCAAACAUGGAAGAGGUCCCUCCUGAGCUGAAACAAGCAAAAAAUGAGCAAAACAAUCCUUCUGUUCUUACUACUGAUUCUUCUGUACUAAACGAACUCAUGGCUCUGGUUGACUCUCCGUCAGCUUUCACUGUUUCAAAAGAUCAUUUCGAGACAUCAAAAGUUAAGGGUUUGGAUGAGAUUGGAACAACAUGUGACUUUAACAAUAAUAAGCAAACCGACGAUGUGAAGCCAAUAGUUGAUGCAACUACAAUUAGUGGUCAAGUUGAUUAUGAUGUGCCUUCUAAAGAGGUAACUUCUUUGGAAGAUAAUGAAACACCUAAGGCGAGGAUUAGUGUCAAGGAAAGGGAAGAAGCUAAAUUUGCAGUAGAAGAACUUGGGAAGAGAGAACCUCAUGAGGGUUUGAAGCCAUCCUCCUCCAAAGAAACUAAGGCAUCAUCAAACAAUAAUGUACAUGUCGUUCAUGAUAGUAUGAUGGCCCCAGAACCAGUUUUGAAAGACAAAGUUCAUGGCUCCACUCUGGAGUCCCUUGAUGGAUUCAUUAAUGCGAUAGAAGGUGAAAAUAUAGAUGACAGGUUAAAAAGGCAAAUAGAGCAGGACAAGAUCCUCAUAAGUACAUUGACCAAGGAAUUAGAUGAAGAGAGAAGUGCAUCCUCAAUUGCUGCCAACCAGGCAAUGGCGAUGAUCACGAGGUUGCAAGAGGAGAAAGCGGCGCUACACAUGGAAGCCUUGCAGUAUUUGCGAAUGAUGGAAGAGCAAGCCGAAUAUGAUGGUGAGGAGCUCGAGAAAACGAAUGAUCUCCUCGCUGAAAGGGAGAAGGAACUGCAAGAUUUAGAGGCAGAGUUAGAGUAUUUCAGAAUAAAAUAUGGAGAUGAAGAUAUGGGGGAGAGCAUGCCGAAUACCAAGUCUAGUAUGAGUAGGGAUGAUGAUAACAUGUUAGGAGAGGAUAGUGUUAGCUCCAGCUAUGCAGAACAAGAGGUUAAUGAGCACCACUCUGUUUUAAACUCUAGAGAGCUUCUUAAUGGAAGUGAUAAAGGAGACAUCCUCACAAAAUCAUCAUGGCCAGACAUUGAAGAUGAGAAGUCAUUCAUUUUCCAACGGUUGAAGGGCUUAGAGAGGAAGUUGCACAAGUUGUCUCACAGUGCUAAUGUGUCACCUUACAUGUCCGACAACUAGUAUCCUGAAGAAACUACAGACAGAGAAGGAGGAGAAGUAGGUGCAGGGGAGUUUCUUGUAGGUAAUGGAAGCCUUUACGUGCAUGAAGAGACCCAUAUCACAUCAGAUAGCAAAGACAAGACCGUUGUUGGCAACCUGGCUAGGAAUGGACAAACAACUUCCAACCCUCUCCAUGAGGGUGAUUUGGCAACUCUCAAGAAUGAGAUCAGUGACCUUAAUGAAAGGUUGGAAUCACUUGAAACUGAUUGGAGUUUCCUUGAGCAUACAUUUAACUCUCUUGAGAGUGGGAAACAAGGGUUGCAGUUUGUUCAAGAGAUAGCACAUCGACUUAAGGAAUUGCGCAAGAUUGGGAUGCGGAGUAGAUAUCAUUAUGUUGCUUGUUGAUUGGCAUUCACCAUUCUUCAUUACAAGGUGAAACAGUGUUGAAAGCCAACUUGAUUUUCCAUAGAAGAUUUUCAUACUGUAGAAUGUCAUGAGGAUCUAUGAGACUUGUUCUAUAACGAAGGCCAAAGUGAUAACAUGAGAUUCUCUUUUCUUUUUUCCUGUUAGUCGUAAACAAAUGAGAAGCUUGAUG